AUGGCUGUAGUCCUCACCUGGGCUCUGGUCCUCCUCUCAGUGUUUUCAGCUACUCAGGCACGGAAAGGCAUCUGGGACUACUUCAGCCAGAGAAGCAGGGACAAAGGCAUGAUGGAGCAGAUCCAACAGCAGAAGCUGGCAUGGGAGCCCACGAGCUUGAAAGACAGCCUUGAGCAAGACUUCAGCAAUAUGAACAAAUUACUGGAAAAGCUGGCCCCGCUGAGUGGGCAGGGGAAAGGGCCUUCCCUGCUGGCACAGGACCCAGCAGGAAUGAGGCAGCAGCUGCAGGAGGAGCUGAAGGAGGUGAGGGCGCGCCUGGAGCCCUACAUGGCGGAGGUACAUGAGCUUGUGGGCUGGAACUUGGAGGGGUUGAGGCAGCAGCUGAAGCCCUACACCAUGGAACUGAUGAAGCAGGUGGCCUUGCAUGCGCAGCAACUGCAGGAGAAGUUGCGCAUAGUGGGAGAAGACACCAAAGCCCAGCUGCUGGGGGGCGUCGACGAAGUGCUGAGCCGGCUGCAGGCGAUGCAGAGUAGUGUGCUGCACCACACUGGCCGAGUCAAAGAGCUCUUCCACCCAUACGCCGAGCGCCUGGUAACCGGCAUUGGGCGCCACGUGCAGGAGCUGCACCGCAGUGUGGCUCCGCACACGGCCGCCAGCCCUGCGCGUCUUAGGCGUUGUGUGCAGGUUCUCUCUCAUAAACUCACGCUCAAGGCCAGGGCCCUGCACGCGCGCAUCCAGCAGAACUUGGACCAUCUGCGCGAAGAGCUCAGUGCAUUUGUCCGCGCCAGCGCUGACGGAGCUGAGCAGGGGGCCAGCCCGGACCCCCAGAUGCUCUCAGAAGAGGUACGUCAGAAACUCCAGGCUUUCCGCCAGGACACAUUCCUACAGAUCGCUGCAUUCACCCAGGCCAUCGACCAGGAGACAGAGGAAGUUCAGCAGCAGUUGGCACCACCCCCACCAGGUCACAGCGCCUUAGCCCCUGAGUUCCCACAAAGCGACAGUGGCAAGACCCUGAGCAAGCUGCAGAACCGACUCAAUGACCUGUGGGAAGACAUCACUUACAGUCUUCAUGACCAGGGCCAUAGCCAUUUGGGAGAACCCUGA